GGCGUGGGCGCGGAACUGCGUGCAGUAUAAAACUCUCAGCAACUUCCUCGUGCUCACUUUUGCAUCGCAGCAGCUUUGCUUAAAGUCACCGGGAGGAUCCGAGCACAGCUCCAAAAACAAACGCAGAGAGAAAUAUGAGUUGGGACAGCUACAUUCAGAGUCUGACCAAGAACGAAUGGCUGGACGACGCCGUCAUCAUCGGGCACACACCGGGACAGGAGUCAGUGUGGGCGGCAGCACCCGGCGGCUGGCUGAAUGGGGUCACGGCAGCGGAGGUGAAGGCCCUCGUAGCAAAUGACCGUAGCACUUUAUUUGCUAGUGGAGUGACCUUAGCAGGCAAGAAGUGCACAGUGCUGAGAGAUGCCCUUCACGUGGAUGGACAGAACACCAUGGACCUGAAAAUGAAGACCUCAGAUAAAGACCCUGAUCCCUUUCCCUUCACUGUUGGCAAAUCAAAUAAAGCUCUGGUCAUUGCUAGAGGAGUGAAAGAUGCUCAUGGAGGAAAGGUCAAUCCCCCCGUCUUUGAUAUGACUGCUUACCUCCGGAAGAUGAAUCUCUGAACCUUCACACACUUCUAUCUCUCUCUCUCUCUCACACACACACACACACACACACACACACACACACACUGCUCGGAUUGAACAUCAAAUAGGAGAUUCCGAGUCUGUGUGUGGACCAUUAUGUUGCUCAGCUGGUCAUCAGACUACACACGCACACACACACACACACACACACACGCACACACACACACACACAGCCAACUCCAGUGUGUUCUGCUCAGUGAAUCUGGAGAGCAUGCUGCAGUGAUGGAUCGAUUCAGCCCUUGUCAGUUUGAUUGGUUGAUUGAUGGUACUCAUUGAGGAAUGGGCGGAGCUUCAUCUCAGGCAUCUGUUUAUUAGAUUAUUUUGUUUACUAAAUUUAUUAUUUUGAUGCUGAACCGAACAAAUGUUCAAAUUUUAGCUCAAUAAAGAGAACAUAGUAAAGUUUAUUCUGAGAUCA